AUGCCAGCUAUUUUCCCUCAAACGCCGCACAAGGAUGAUCUUGAUGAAACAUGGACGUUCUUGGAGAAGGGCAUCGACAGUGUAAUGCUCAAGUUAGAAGAAGGGGUUGAUAUGAAAACUUACAUGGCUCUUUACACAGCGGUUCACAACUUCUGCACAUCACAGAAAGCUGUUGGUAGCGGCACUGGUUUAAAUGCUCAUCGCGGUGCCCAUCUCCUCGGUGAAGAAUUGUAUAAGCUUCUUGGCGAAUACCUUUCACGCCACCUCGAGGCUGUCUAUAGAGAAUCCGAGAGCCAUGCCGAAGAGGCCCUGUUGGGAUUCUAUAUUCGCGAAUGGCUUCGCUACACCACUGCCGCCAAAUACAUCAAUCACCUUUUUCGUUACCUUAACAGACACUGGGUCAAACGCGAGAUCGACGAGGGCAAGAAGAAUGUCUACGAUGUUUACACGCUGCACUUGGUGAAAUGGAAAGAUGACUUUUUCAUGAAGGUUCAUGAGAAAGUCAUGGAGGCUGUAUUGAACUUGGUUGAGAAGCAGCGCAACGGCGAGACUAUUGAGCAGUCACAGAUUAAGAGCAUCGUCGAUUCAUUCGUCUCCCUUGGUCUCGAUGAGACCGAUAGCACCAAAUCAACGCUCGAGGUUUACCGCUACCACUUCGAAAAGCCCUUCAUCGGUGCCACCAGAGCUUACUACGAAAACGAGUCGCGGCAGUUCGUCACUGAAAACAGCGUGGUUGAGUAUAUGAAGAAGGCCGAGGCCCGUUUGGAGGAAGAAAAGGCUCGUGUCGGCUUGUACCUACACCCGGACAUUUCCAAGCAAUUGACCGACACUUGUCUGGAUGUGCUGGUUACAGCUCACUCAGAACUCCUCCGAGACGAGUUCCAAGUCCUGUUGGACAAUGAGCGCCAGGAUGAUUUGGCCCGAAUGUAUAGACUUCUUUCCCGAAUCAAAGAAGGCCUGGACCCUCUCCGCACAAAAUUUGAGGCGCAUGUCAGGAAGGCUGGUUUGGCUGCCGUCGAGAAGGUGGCCACCGACGGUGAAACGUCGUUCGAGCCUAAACUAUACGUGGACGCGUUGUUGCAGGUACAUACCAGGUAUCAGAGCCUAGUCAGUGAGGCGUUUAACGGCGAAUCGGAAUUUGUCCGGUCUCUGGAUAAUGCCUGCCGUGAGUUCGUCAAUCGUAACAAGAUCUGCAAGUCCGGAUCGACCAAGACACCUGAAUUACUCGCACGAUAUACGGACUCAUUAUUGAAGAAGGGAUCGAAAGCUGCAGAGGAGUCGGAAUUGGAAGAGAUGUUGGUGCAGAUCAUGACUGUCUUCAAAUACAUUGAGGACAAGGACGUUUUCCAGAAGUUUUACUCUAAAAUGCUUGCCAAGCGCCUGGUACAUGUCAGCUCAGUGUCUGACGACGCAGAAACUAGCAUGAUCAGCAAGCUCAAGGAGGCGUGCGGUUUCGAAUAUACCAACAAGCUGCAGCGCAUGUUCCAGGAUAUUCAGAUCUCGAAGGACUUGAACGCCAGCUAUCGUGACUGGCAAGAGAAGAUCCUUGAUGAUGACGACCGGAAGAAGCUGGUCGACUCGCAUUUCCAGAUUCUCGGAACCGGAUUCUGGCCUCUCAACGCGCCCACCACUGAUUUCCUUGCACCACCUGAAAUUGUCAAGACAUCUGAACGAUUCCAGAGCUUCUACUUUGACAAGCACAAUGGCCGGAAGCUGACCUGGCUUUGGCAGCUAUGCAAAGGUGAAAUUAAGGCCAAUUACAUCAAGAACACCAAAGUGCCCUACACGUUCCAAGUAUCCACAUUCCAAAUGGGUAUCCUUUUACUGUUCAAUGAGCACGACACCCUGACCUAUGAGGAUAUUCAAAAAGCGACCUCCCUUUCUCCCGAGAUCCUUGAUCCCAACUUAAGCAUCUUCCUCAAGGCUAAGGUCUUGACUAUUAGCCCCGAGGGCUCAAAACCAGAGCCUGGCACCUCUUUUAAUCUGAACUAUAACUUCAAGAACAAGAAGAUAAAGGUCAACCUCAACAUCCAGAUCAAGUCGGAGCAGAAGGUUGAGUCGGAUGAUACACACAAGACUAUUGAGGAAGACCGUAAGCUUCUACUACAGUCUGCUAUUGUCCGUAUCAUGAAAUCCCGCAAGAAGAUGAAGCACGUACAGUUGGUGCAAGAAGUGAUCCAGCAAGUCAAAUCUCGCUUCCCCCCCAAGGUCCCAGAUAUCAAGAAGAAUAUCGAGGCUUUGAUGGAGAAGGACUACAUUGAGCGACUGGAUGGGGACGAGAUUGCUUACAUUGCAUGA